AUGUCAAGCGGAAAGAAAACUCAAGGACGUCAAAAGAUUGAGAUGAAAAAGAUGAGCAAUGAAAGCAACUUGCAAGUGACUUUCUCAAAGCGCCGUAUUGGGCUCUUUAAAAAAGCUAGCGAGCUUUGCACCCUUUGUGGUGCAUAUAUUGCUCUAAUUAUAUUCUCACCUAGUGAGAAGGUAUUUUCAUUUGGUUAUCCAAAUGUUGAAACGGUCAUAGAUCGUUUUCUCUCUCAAGUUCCACCCCAAAAUGAUGACAUCAUGCAAUUACUUGAGGAUUACCGUAGAGCCAAUGUGCGCGAGCUCAAUGAUCUAUUGACUCGUAUGAACGAUGCAAUAGGCAUCGAUAAGAACCGUGAGAAUGAGCUGAUCCAGGUACGAAUGAUAAAUGAGACUCAGUUUUGGUGGACUCGUCCAAUUUGUGAGAUGAAUAAGGUCCAACUUGAAUUAUACAAGAAGGCUUUGGAGGAUCUUUUGAAACUCGUUGCACAACAUGCUGAUAGGGUUGAAAUGCAAGGUACUUCUACCCAAAACAUUCCAUUUUAUGUUGGAAAUGGUUCAUCCUCUAGGAUGCCUCUUGAGCAUCAGCCAAAUCCUCAACAAGAUUCAACCUUUUCAGCAGGGUUUUUUCAGAACCCUAUGUUGCAACCUCAUUUGUUUGGUUUCAACAAUAUGGGAGAAGAAUGUGGACAUGGUCCCUAUGGGUUCUUUUGA